AUGUUGUACUCUCAAAUCGCGCUUGCGGCUGGCGCUGCGCUGCUCGGCGCUCAGGACGCCCACGCCUUCUUCCUCUGGUGGCCGUUCUCGCGGCCCGUCAUCUCACCAUUUGCUUUUACCGGGUGUAUCAAGCGCACGAGCACGUGGACGUCCAUAUUUACCUCAAGCGCGCCCGAUGCUGCGUCGUGUGUCGCCAAUUGCGCCCGCCUUGGCGACAUGGCCUACUGGUCACGUACGUCCAACGUGUGCAAGUGCGGACGCACACCCAACGCCCUCGGCAUUCUCGACUUCUCGUUCCAGCCCUAUGUCGCCGGGAACGAGGGACAGUGCGGCUCCAACUACGAGUCAUAUAUGAUCACGCAGUUCGGGUUCCUCGGGUGCGCAAACAACGUCGACGUUGGCAGCGCGGCCACCAUUGCGUCCAACUCGCGCAUGUCGACUGCCUUCCGCGCGUGCGCCCCACAAGACCAGGUCAUGGUAUUCACGUACGGGCGGCGCAAGUGGACCGCGUAUUGCUUCGACCCCGCGGCGCCGCCCGUCGUCGAAGACUACGACCCCGUGCAGUGCAAUGGAGGUGCCUACUAUCUCUACGGAAACGCGCCAGGAGCUGGGAAGCGCGAUGCUGCCCGCCGGCGCGGGGCACCCGACGGACUACCCGCCCCAUGGUGCCCUGCAGGCCGCGUGCCGUGCCAGAUCGACGAAGAUGAGAGCCUCGGGUAUGAGUGCAUCGAUGUCGACCACGACGGUGAUCAGUGCGGCGGAUGCGCGAUUGGCGUGUAUGGCGGUGCUGGGAACAGCAGCUUCUCAGGCGAAUACUGCGGCGACAAAGCUUUAUGCGCCGCUGGCAAAUGCGUAUCCCACGCCCACUAG